AGGCGGCGUCCCGAAUAUCUGCCCAGGGCGAGGACUUGGCGUCGCAACGAGCCCAAAAGGACACCCUACACCUCCAGAGAGCCUUGGCUUUGCGGGAGUAAAGGGUCUCCUGGGGCAUCCACACCAGGGACUCUUAGUUUGAAAGGAACCUAUGACUCACCCCCUGGGUUGAGAGCGGGGUGGAGAUUAUGCCUAAGAGGAGCUCUGCUGCACAAACACAUUUCACGGUCAGCUUUUCUGCUGCUUGGCUUCGUCCACUUUCCCCACCAAAGAACCUUCAGAUACUCUCAGAGUGCUUUACGGAUAACCCAAAUGAGUGCUAAUCAUCAUGCCAGUGGAAUGGAAAAAUCAAGCGAUCAAGAAUCUCUGCAGUUGACUGAAAACCUUACUACCUGCACAACCCAUGAUCUGGGGGAAGGCAAGUCAAAACAGAACAGCCACACUCUUACUAUUUCUCCACAAUUCAGAAAUCACGACACAGAGCGCAGAUAUUCCUCUCAUCCAGGAAGUCCACAAUGUUCAAAUACUCCUGAAGAAGCUCAAGGCAUUUUCUUCCAAGCAGGGGGUAAACGAAAUCAAGACUACUAUACUACCCAGGAUCAAUUUGGACAUAGUUGCAACAGCGUGAACACCAGUCCACAGUUCCAAGCACCAGAGAAAGUGACUCUUGUCGUGGAUGGCACUAGAUUUGUUGUAAAUCCCCAGAUUUUUACAGCUCAUCCUGAUACAAUGUUGGGACGAAUGUUUGGGCCAGGACGAGAAUACAACUUCACUCGGCCAAAUGAGAAGGGGGAAUAUGAAAUUGCAGAUGGAAUCAGCUCCACGGUUUUCCGGACUGUGCUGGAUUAUUACAAAACUGGAGUCAUUAACUGUCCUGAUGGGAUUUCUAUUCCUGAUCUCCGAGACACGUGUGACUAUCUUUGCAUCAACUUUGACUUUGACACAAUCAAAUGUCAAGAUUUAAGUGCAUUAUUGCAUGAAUUGUCUAAUGAUGGGGCUCACAAGCAGUUUGACAGCUAUCUAGAAGAGCUCAUUCUCCCUAUAAUGGUGGGCAGUGCCAAGAAAGGAGAACGAGAAUGCCACAUUGUGGUAUUAACUGAAGAAGACAUAGUGGACUGGGAUGAAGACUAUCCACCUCCAAUGGGAGAGGAAUACUCACAAAUUGUCUAUAGCAAUAAGCUGUAUAGAUUCUUCAAGUAUAUUGAGAAUCGGGAUGUGGCAAAAGCUGUGCUGAAAGAACGUGGCCUGAAAAACAUUCGGAUUGGCAUUGAAGGCUAUCCCACCUGUAAAGAGAAAGUGAAGAGGCGUUCUGGAGGGCGCUCAGAAGUUAUCUACAACUAUGUGCAACGUCCAUUCAUCCAGAUGUCUUGGGAAAAGGAAGAGGGGAAAAGUCGCCAUGUUGAUUUCCAGUGUGUUAGAAGCAAAUCCUUAACAAACCUUGUGGCGGUGGGUGCAGAUGUAGCAGAAGACCAGGAGAUUGUGCUCCAUCACCCUCCCCAGGUAGAUGAACUUGACAGGCUAAAUGCCCCAUUUUCUCAAAUGGAUUCUAACACUCUACCAGAUUAGUAUUUUAGUUUACUGCAAAGGUGUCUCGACAGAUUUGGUUGAUGCGCUGGGUCAGAACUAAAUACCCAGGGUAUCCUGCUAUCAGUCGUCUUGUAACUGGAUCUUUUAUCAGCUAUUUUAUUCAUGAGUGGCUUUAAACAGAUUGGACUGAUAUAAUUUUGCCUGCUUCUGAGCACCCUAAGCAUUCUCCAAAGAGCACCUGGAUCUGAGACUCAGUUCAUACUUCAUCCUUGACAACAUAAGCAACUCAGCUGAAAUGGUAUGUAUUAUCAGCAUCAACUGAAGAUGGUGGAUUGGAUCCAGAUUGGUCAUUCCAUGAAUGGAAAGACUUUCUCUUCCUUGGAAAGCCCUGGAUUUUGAUGGAAGCAAUGUCCAUUCGCUCCUCCUCGUCCCUGCAGACUUCCAUACUUUUGUAGAAGGAUCCCUCCCGCCCCCCACCCUCUGAUCAGUUUUCAGGAGCUAAAAGGCAUUGCAAGGGGGAGACCCAAAAGUUACCUUCUUGCUCCUUCUUUUUUGGGCAAGGGUGGCAGAGUUGGUGGGUGUCAGAUUUGGAUUGCAGCCUGGCAUUUUGAAGGCAUGUAAUAUAUACUGGGACCAAGCUUUAUGGUAGUUGUGAUAUCCGUCCCCCAAUAUUUAUGAGGCAGAAUUCCAACUUGCUAUUUCAAUCUCCAUUGGGAGUCCUGUCUCCUAAAUGGAGCAAUAAAGAUUCUGAGGGAGGAUGCGAAGCCUUGCGACUUCUUUCAAGACAGAUUAGUCCUAUGGGUUACAAUGCCCCAUCCCUAAAGGUAGAUGGAACUCGAUUAAACUUUAAUUCUGAUCCAGUCCUAUUAAUUUUUUCAGCAUUGUUGCAUUUUAAUUACACAGAAUUAAUUCAAGAAAUCCAGAGCUGUUUUCUAACUUUACUCCUUCAGCAGCUCAUAUGUCAAUUUUAUAGACUACUUAAUCUCAGGGAGAUGCUGACUAGAUAACACUAUGUAACACGAUUUUGUUCCUGGGUUAUAAAUAUCAUUUCCUAAUUGGUUCUGUCAUAAAAACGUGGGAAAAGUUUAUUAAACUGCCAAAACAUUGUUUUUGUGGGACAUCCUGCAGCACAUUUUGCUAUAGUUUUUCAAUGACUAUCUCAUAAAAUUUCAACCAAUUCAACAUAGUUUGUGGUAGCCACAAAAAUGAAGUUUUGGGAAUAUAACAACUACUUUCAAAGUAAGUACUAAACAAUUAAACAGGAAAUAACCCUUUCAAACCAGGAACAGAACAUUUUUCAAAUUUUGUUACAUAGUGUAAUGAAAGUGCAUAUGCAGUGCAGAUACAGGGGCGCAGAAUCUCCUAGUCUUGGCUUGCACAAAAAAAAAAUAUGAGCGGAAUACAUUUACAUCUUUUUUUGCAAGCUUCCACUGAACUUACAUAAGCUUUGGCUCUUUAGGAUGGAGAGGGUAGGUUUCAAAGAACCAAAUGCCAGACUGCGAAAUGCUGCAUUUUCAACUCAGGGCAAAGUUAUUAUUGUCCGUGUAAUCUACCUGUAUUAUAUAUAUAUGACAUUUUGUAUACAGUGACUUGUAAAUCCAGGCAGAAAGUGCUGAAUUAGUGAAACCUGCAAAAUACUUUUGAUGUAUACAUGUGCAAAGAACAUCUGUAUUGUUGUGUUGCAGUCUGUAAUUUGUCCUUUCUUUCAAAAGUCCUGUGAUUAAAUAAUACUUUAAGGUUACUGCACCUUUGUGAACCAAAAGACCAGGUGCUUUCUUCUUCAGUGAAGGACUAUCUCUUUGAUCUUCUGAAAUAGUUGCACUGGCAUAAAAGCUGAUAAUGCAGAUGCGUUGCUUAAAAAUUCUGCUUUUUCACCUGCAUAUCCUGGUCACUUCUUCCAUCUAUGUUGCUUCACAGCUUACAUCUUAUAAAAGGAAGCAAUUUGUUCUUGUGUUGCUUUUCCCAGCUUGUAAGGCAGCAUUGAUUAUCUGAAUUGCUUCAGUAUGGGUGCACAGCAUGGUUCAUAGAACAGCUUUAUUUAGAAUGCAUGCAGGAAAAUGUUUCCCAUUUUAAAAAUCCUAUGGAUGAAAGCUGGUCACAUAUCUUGCUACUUUACAUCUUUCCCUGUAUAAGGUGUAUUCUAAUGGGUAGGUUUAAAAGAAAAUGCACAUUCAGUAGGUCAUGUAUGAAGGUUGUUAUCAGAUGGCCUGGCUGAAUGUUUGACCUGGCUGUUCUGUAGUGUCACUGUAAUCAGAGCUAUCAUUCUGUGCUUGUCACCGCAUAAUUGUUAGUUCUAAAACUCGAUCACAUAGCAUUUUCGGCAAAACAAAGAAAAAACAUUUUCUGAUGAAUAACCUUUCUUUUGAAAAAAAUCUAAAGUGUAAUCGGAAACAUAAAUGAUUAGUGUUGGAACAAAGUAUAUGCUGAUGAAUUUGGAGACUUCGGUGCAUCAAAUUAGCAGAAUUACAAAAAUACUUUUGGAGGGGGGAUGUCUGCAAGCACCUCAAUUUUGCAGACUGAAAAGAACAUCUGUUUAGGAUCACACCUGAAACUACUUGAUUUUGCCAGAUACUGAAAAUAGUUUUGCAGACACAAUAGGGGGGAAAACCCAAUUUUACAGUUUUUGAGAAUGAGUUGUCCUAGGCUCCUGUUAUUUUCAAUGAGCUUAUAGUCUCUUUCAAUUACUAUUAGAUACUCAUGUAUAAGUCUAGAAUGUGUAAUCAAAAUCAGCCUAAAUGUUUGGGUUGAUUUAUGCAUGGGUCAAUGUAAGUGCUGUAUCUCAGUUCUUAGUGAAAACGGAACAUUCUCCUUCUCUAAGUGGCAAAAGAGAAGUGUGUAAUCUAUUCUGGAAAAACCUAAAAGCAGCACUGGCUCCCUGUACUCUCUCUGCUGCUGACAUUUUGAAAUCCCUGGGCAGGAAAAAGGCAGCAGUGGUCAGGUGGCUGAAUUGAACCAUUCCAGUGUUAGAUUAGAAAACAAAACCAGAUUAAAUUCAAUAUACUAAAUUGGCAAAGUACGCCAGCUUCAGAUUUGGUACAAUUGCUCUCAAAACACGUUAGCCAUUAACUUCAAGACUAAUCAGCAACAAUUAUAUAAGUCAGUUUUUGAUAGACUGGCUUGCCCUGCUUCUCUUUGGUAGAAACUAAUUCUAUGAACACCGCUAACCUCUUUUUCUGGGAUUUGAGAGAAGCCAUAAUUUUUCCAUAUAACUUUUAAUUAACGUUUUACCCAGUAAUUGUUUGCCAGGUCUACAAUGGUAUCUCCAAAAGCAAGUGUAUGAAGAGUCAGGUGUACAUUUCUAAAAAAUAUAUUAGGAAGCCCUUCAAGUAUAGAAUCCUAUAAUGUUCUAAACAUGUCUGGUUUAGGAUAUUUAUAUUAUAGACAACUAUCCUAAAAUGUGUACAGUAAUGUUACAUUGUAUAUCUGCUGCAAUAGCUAGUGUUGGCACAACAAGCAUAAUCGUCUGGAUCCAUCCUUAAGUGUUUGAUCUAUUAGUCUGCAGCCAAUCAAUUUUUUUGUAACAUGCGAAGCAGUUCUCAAAAUAGGAUUACAAGAAAGGUUUUCAUGCAAGUGGUUGAACUUUAAAUUUGAAGUAUUUAAAGCUUAAUGGAAACGCACAUGUGACAUUGAUACAGUCAGGAUGACUGGCAGAUUGAGGGUAUCUUGGUAAGAUUCUAUUUUUCUUAAUUAAGUCAGAACUUAGAAAAACAGUUCAUACAGGUCCAAAGUUACAUAUAUUUUGCUUUUCUGCACUAAAGACAUUUUACUAUUUACAUGAGAAGGUAACUUUACCAUUUUUAUGACAAAGUCUACUGAAAUUGAGCAUAGAUUUGGUACAGUUGGUCAUCUGUGCAGAUAUGAUUUAACAUUUCUCUCUAGUAAUCUAGAUACUGCAGUGAUUGUUUGGUCAACUUCCACGCUGGAGGACUUAAGAGAUUCCUAAAGAGAACAUCAUUGUAGGUCUUCCAGUAGGAUUCUCUAGUCAACACCCAGCAGAGGAAAGAUCAUGCUGGAAACAACCUAGAAGUUCUUAGAAAGCUGCUGUCUCAGAUAGGUGUCAUCGCAACCCUAACUGCAGUGAAUGUGGAGGGCUUAAUGUAUUUCUGUUAAGGGGAAAUAUUACAUAUGUACUCCUUAACUGCCUUAAAGUACAAAUCAAUAUUUUUCAUUUCAAAAUUAUUUCUAUAUUCCGUAUUUACAAACUCAUAAUUUCUGUAGUUAUUGUUAAUGUAAGAGCAGCUCACAUGCGUUUUCAUACUCUUAAUAAAGUACUUCUGACCUGA